GCGUAAUAUUAUUGAAGCUGUGUAUAGUAGGCUGAAUCCACACAGAGAGAAUGAGGGGGACCCUGGCGAAGCCGAGGAAAGUGGAACGCAGGGAAAAUUGGUGGAAGCGCUCAGGCAAAUGAGAAUUAAUCAUAGGGGGAACUACCGCCACCUCCUGGAAGAGAUGCUGACUAGUUACAGGCUAGCUAUGCAGGGAGAAGAGUGCACUGCUGACUCAGCUGCAGCAUCUACUUCAGGUACUCAUGCCGGACCCAGUGACCCCGAGCCAGACACCCCCACAGAAUCCGGGAAUCACCUUGCUGAAAUGCAGAGCUCAAACGAAGAUUCAGGGAUGAAUGAGAUGGGUGAUAAAGAGACCUAA